GGGCGGGUACUCCAUGUCCCACAGACGGCGAAGGAUUGCAAAACGUCUGGCAGCAGGCUCAGAUCAACGCAAACCCGCCCGCCACCAAAAAAACAAAACAGAUUUUGGAUCUAAACAAGGGAAAAGAAGGCGUCCUGUGGCGAAGUUUAACUGGAUCCUGUGAUCAUGGCAGAUGAGGAAGUAAUUGUGGAGGAAAGUGCCAUCCCAGCUCAGAGCCCAUUGGUUGCAGUCACAUUUCAGAGAAAUGCCAACAGGAAGGAGAAAUAUCUGGAAGCUGAGCCUAAAGCUCUUGGGAUGACUCAGAUCUGCCUCAGUGUGUAUACGAUCAUCGGUGUUGGUGUGUUUGAGUCAAAAAAUCUGACUGAUCCUGUAACGGACAUACUUUUGUUCAUCUCAUCUUUGCUGAUACUAAUAGCUGGGAAUGUGGCAGUGGCUGCAAAUAACCUUCAUCUGCCAAAACUCAGAGCCUGUUUGGGGAUGCAGGUCGUGGCCUGUGCUGCCUCCGUCCUCAGCAUAAUGUUAAGCUUCAUAAAAAUGGGACAGUCGUUGAACACCUGCUGGUAUCACAUGUAUGACAGCAUUGUUCACAACAAUACAUCCUCUUACCUUGAAAUCUGUCAUGAGAUUGAGAUGAUCCAUUCCCACUUCUUCGCUGGAGGUGUGGUCAUCCAGGUUACUCUGCUGGCCAUCUCUGCCACUCUGGCUGCCUACUGCUGCAAAGUGGUCAACUGUUGUGGGCCACCCCCCAAAAUGCCAGUGAUCACUGUCCAAUCACCUCUUGACCAGCAGAGAGAAGAAUGACUGGACUAUGUGCAGCCACAAACAAAUGCUACAAAAUUAAUGCUCAACUAAGCCACAUUUUAUACAAGCAUUGGCUGAAAUUAUUGUGUUUAAUGUCUAAUCACUAAUGCACUCCCAAAGAAAUAAUACAAAUGCAGUAUUUCGUUUUUCAUGCACAUAUAACUUUGCUUUCAUUGCUCUCUUUAGCUUUUUUUCAAUUUACAAAUCUUUUAAAAGGUCUGCAGAUAGUGCAUUGCAUUUGUACAUUGAAGUUGUUUUAAAGUAACCAGAUGGAAUGCUAAGAGUUGUUUCGUUGUAAGAAGGAGCAAAACGUGUGCAGAUGAUGGUAUUCACCAAAAUUUGAUUCUUUGUUCUGUUUAACAGUUCUGCUUAAUGUUCAGUGGUUUCCAUGACACUGGGUCACAAUUGUGUAACAAAGUCAGCUGAAAGAAUUCUGAAGUCUGUUUGGAAAAAGUGCCAAUGAAAUGUUAGCAAAAUGCUAAAUAACUGCUUUAAUGUUGACUCACAGUUCCCAGUAACUCAUGAAAUUCUUUCAGUUACCUAAUCUUAAUUCCAAUCCUGGUCUGGGAUUUGCAUUCAAUCAUUUUCAACAUAAAUGUCAUAUUAUUUGGGGGCUUUUAAUGAUUUAUUGAACUGUUUUGAUUUCCAGAGUGGACUCAUAAUGAAACAACUUCAAUGGUUUUUAAAGUACUGGGUGACAAGUUUAUUUUAUUGUGCAUCUCCUCUAUAACACAAAGGCGCUACAGGGUCUGUAGAAUAAUACUACAGAAUCUAAUUUCAGCAAAUAUUUGGGUAAAUGUCGUUUAGGGAUUUGCAUCUCAAUCACCACUGUUUUGUGGACAUUAGUAAGCUUUGGCUUACUUCUGGUUGGAUAUUUUACACUCUUCUUGAUAGGUUAAGUACAUUUUUAUUUCCUGGCUUUUAAGCGUUGUCCAAACAUGUUCCACUUCCCUGUGCAAAAGGGUUUAUCUAGUUCAAAACUGGGUCCAAAUUGCUACCAUCUAGCUGUUGAUUUGAGUUGAAGUUGAAGAAUGUGGAGGUAGUGCUUCAUCAUCGUUCUACUCGCUUUGUAUAAUCCAUUAAUAGCACUGGGAGUGAAACAGACCCUCACUAUGUUGCUGUCACCACCAUGCUUCACAGCUGGUACCGGGUUUUCAGGUCUGAAAGUCUCCCCUAGACUCCUCUGAACAUAGUUUUUUGUAAUUUUGGCCAAAUAACUAAAUAUUUUCUCAUCUGAUGUUAAAACUGUUCUAUAGAAGGUAUGUGGCUUGUGCAUGUGAGCAGCUGCAAUAGAGAUUGAAGUGAAAAGUUUUUGAAGAGGAGCUUAAAACUUGAUUAUCACCUUCCCAGUCAUUGCUAAUGUUAAACUCCCUUCAAAUAUCCCUUCAAAUUUCAGCCUAAUGAAACUUUUUUAUUUGAGGAUGACAGUUUGAGUCAGAUGGUUGAAACUUUGACACAGUUGAGUGUUCCUACAAUAAAUCUGAUUAAGUUUUAAAAAGAAUAAAGUCUCAAAUUAAGCUUCUGCAAAAGCUUCAACAUGAACGCGGUUAAAAAUUCAGGGACCAGGCUUGAAAGCAGGAGGAAACCAACCACUUUAAAUGAACUUGACUAAUUUUGCUCAGUUGAGUGAUCAAAUAUCCACCUGGAAUUAUGCCAGAAACCUCACUGAUACAAAGAGCAUCUAGUUUCGUUGCACCUCACUGAGAGACAUUUAUCCAGAAAUUUGGGUGGUGUAUGUAUAAUUAUGACCCUCGAUACAAGGAAAAUUCUCAAUAAAUGCAAACUUGUACAACAGAUUAAACAACAUUAAUGUGGCAUUAAUGAUGACUGAAUGAACUGUUGACUCAGAUGCAUGUGUCGCAAGUCAUAAUUUAUGUUUUGGAGGUACUGUAUGUAUUCAAAGCAUCAGUUGUUUCUAGCAAUUAAUUCUCAAAAAAAGAACAAAGGAACAAAUUAUUUUGGUCAGUAGUGCUGUUAAAUUUGAACAUCUGAAAAUGAUAGGAGUUAUUCCAUACAGUAUCAGUUUGAAAUGCAUACAGAGGGUGCCCAAACACUUACUAAAUGGCUGCCUUGCCAAUUUGUACAUCCAGAUAACACGUACUACCACACUCAUCUGAUUUUAUCAUUUGUUACUGGUUUCUAUGAAAUGUUGUGACUGGAUAAUGUUGAAGUCACUUCCACAACAUAAUUUUGUAUUAUUUCUCAAAAAUGUAACAUGUAUUAUCUGUAAGAGAAAGAAUGUUUGAAAGAAUGGUGUAGCCUCAGUUAAACGCAAAAUCAUAAUCCAAAGGGCGAUUAUUGCAGCUGACAGUGAAACAAUGCACACUGUUGUAUUAAAUGAGCUGCCAUAUAUUUUGAUACAGCCUUUAUUAACCAUUUCCAUUUAGAACUCUUAGAAUUAUCAGUUUAUGUACUGUAUUUCUCAGGAGUAUUUAACAAGUGUGUAUUCCAAAACACAUGCGCUUAUUGCUGUGAUUAACAGCUUUUUCUAACUUUUUUUAUACUGACUGUCUCCACUGACUAUAUGCAGAAAAGUGAGGAAAAUAAAGAAAAGGACAAAUCUG